GUAGGGUUUACAACACAUCGUUAAAAAUAACACAAAAAUCUCACACAAUAAAAACCCAAUUGGCCUGCUUGCAGAAUAAACUCCACCGUUAUGGACAACUAGCCGCCACCCCCCUUUCUUUCUUCUUCGUUUUCCUUCAUACCCAUCUCAGACCAUGUUGCGUACGAAGCAGCUAGGUGUUCUGUCCCAGUCAGCUAGGUCGUUUUUUCUCAACGGGUCAAGAUGUAGUGCAGACGGGAGUUCAUGCACUUGUUCAGAAGAUGAAACUUGCACUUCUAAGAGACAAAUUACCACCACAAAUGUAGUCCGACACGCACAAAAGGCGCCCGCUUUGGUGCCCAAAGCUUCCACCGUAGUAUUGAAUUCCACGAAACCCGAGUCUAAGAUAGUUGACCGUUCAACUUCCCACCCAACAUUAUUGGUAAAACCAGAUUGUGUAAGUUAUGCUGACGAAACGGACCAGAUGCACCCGUCGGGUCUUACAACCGGUCAUUUUGUUAGAGCUGGGAUUGCAGCGGUCAACUUUCUAAAUGAUGUGGUCAGCUACAAGAUUCCGAUGACUGAAGGGAGUGCAACGGUUGACUCUGGUCAAAACUACGUGGUUGAGAAGGCCCACUCUUCGAACGUUAAAACUUACAGAAAGGUUGAAUAUGAGCCAACAUCUUCAACCAACAAUGCCAAUUCAUCAAAUGUAAAAACCUACAAAAAAGUCGAACCGCAAGCACCCGUUACAACACCAAGACUGAACGUCAAAAGCUCCACAAACAUCGGUAAAGGCAGAGCUGAAAAAUACGUGUCAGGUAAAACCCAAAAUCAGAACACGGUCAAAUCUGCAUCCGCAUCGAGAAAGUCAAAAGAUUGUGUAAAUGACUUCAUGGUAGGUCAACGCGCUCCCGAGUUUCGUGCAGCUGAAAUGUUGUCAGUAAGGGAUUCACGGGGAAUAUCAACAAAGCCCGUGCCUCAAAUGGGUCGGCAAUAUUCCGGUUCGGUCCAUAAGGUGGAGAGUGUUUCGCAGAUAUUAAGACAGCUGAAGUGGGGUCCGGCAGCCGAAGAGGCAUUAUGGAAUCUUAACUGUUUGUUAGACGCAUAUCAAGCGAAUCAAGUGCUAAAACAGCUUCAAGAUCCUUCAGUGGCUCUUAGCUUUUUUUAUUGGUUAAAACGGCAACCCGGGUUCAUACACGAUGGUCAUACUUACACAACAAUGGUCGGGAUAUUGGGUCGGGCCAAGCAGUUCGGGGCUAUCAACAAGUUACUCGAUCAAAUGGUUCAAGAUGGGUACCCACCAAAUGUGGUUACAUAUAACCGUCUUAUUCAUAGCUAUGGUCGCGCAAAUUUUUUAAACAAAUCACUCGAGGUUUUUCAUCAAAUGCAAAAAGAAGGUAUCGAACCAGACCGGGUCACAUAUUGCACGCUAAUCGAUAUUCAUGCAAAAGCGGGUUAUUUGGAUGUUGCGAUGGGUAUGUAUCAAAGGAUGCAAGAAGCCGGGCUUUCACCCGAUACUUUUACAUUUAGCGUUAUAAUUAACUGUCUUGGAAAAGCGGGUCACUUGGAUGCAGCCCUGAAACUAUUUUACGAAAUGGUUAGCCAGGGUUGUGUCCCCAAUUUGGUCACUUAUAACAUCAUGAUCGCGUUACAGGCGAAAGCAAGAAAUUAUCCGAUAGCGUUACAGCUUUAUCGCGAUAUGCAAAAUGCGGGUUUUGAGCCCGAUAAAGUGACGUACAGUAUAGUUAUGGAGGUGCUUGGUCACUGUGGGUAUCUUGAAGAAGCAGAGGCGGUUUUUGAAGAGAUGACCCGGAAAAACUGGAUCCCGGAUGAACCGGUUUAUGGGCUUCUUGUUGAUUUAUGGGGGAAAUCGGGAAACGUUGAAAAGGCUUGGGCUUGGUACCAGGCCAUGCUUAAUGCGGGCUUGCUUCCGAAUGUGCCGACGUGUAAUUCUUUAUUAAGUGCCUUUCUUCGGGUACAUAGGCUUUCGGAUGCGUAUAAUCUGGUACGGAGUAUGCACAGUUUAGGAUUAAACCCUUCUUUACAGACGUACACAUUGCUGCUUAGUUGUUGUACAGAGGCCCAAACGUCGUUCAACAUGAUGUUUUGUUGCGAGCUGAUGGGUGUCACGGGCCACCCUGCACACACUUUCUUACAAUCAAUGCCAUCCGCGGGUCCCGACGGGCAAAACGUACGUGACCACACGGGCCACUUUUUAGAUCUUAUGCAUAGCGAGGAUCGCGAGAGCAAACGCGGGCUGAUUGAUGCGGUGGUCGAUUUCUUACAUAAGUCGGGCCUCAAGGAGGAAGCGGGCUCGGUUUGGGAAGUGGCGGCCCAGAAAAACGUGUACCCGGAUGCAGUUCGCGAGAAAAGCUCGUCGUAUUGGCUUAUAAAUCUUCAUGUAAUGUCGGAAGGUACUGCAGUGACUGCGUUAUCGAGGACUUUAGCGUGGUUUCGUAGGGAGAUGCUGAAAUCGGGAAUUUGUCCAAGCAGGAUCGAUAUAGUGACAGGGUGGGGCCGGAGGAGUAGGGUUACGGGGAGCUCGUUGGUUAGGCAAUCUGUGCACGAUCUGCUUAAUAUUUUCCGGUUUCCGUUUUUCACGGAGAACGGUAACACGGGGUGCUUUGUUGGGUGCGGAGAGCCGCUUAGCCGGUGGUUGGUUGAAUCGUAUGUCGAACGGAUGCAUUUGCUGUAGGGUUGAUGAGGCUAGUAAUAAUGACAUUUUUGGGUAAUAGAUGAAGAGUGUCACCUGUUAGGUUUUUUUACCCAUGGUGGAACUGAUUAUCUUGUAUUUAUGAUCAAGAAACAAAAUCAAUCAAAUAUAUUAGUAUUAUUUCUACGCUU